AUGGGCUUACAUUUCAAGUGGCCAUUAGGGGCUCGUAUGCUGGCAGCACUAUAUGCAAUGAGUAUGGUUUUAAAAAUGCUGCCUGCCUUGGGCAUGGCUUGUCCACCAAAAUGUCGCUGUGAGAAGCUGCUCUUUUACUGUGACUCUCAGGGGUUUCACUCAGUGCCAAACACCACUGAAAAGGGCUCUCUAGGUUUGUCACUGAGGCACAAUUUUAUUACUGAACUUGAAAGGGAUCAAUUUGCAAGCUUCAGUCAACUUACUUGGCUUCACUUAGAUCAUAAUCAAAUUGCAACAGUCAGAGAAGAUUCUUUUCAAGGACUAUAUAAACUUAAGGAAUUAGUCUUAAGUUCCAACAAAAUCUUUCAUUUGCCAAACACAACUUUUAGCCAGCUGCUUAACCUGCAGAAUUUGGACCUCUCUUUUAAUCAGUUGUCCUCUCUGCACCCCGAGCUGCUCUACGGCCUCCGCAAGCUGCAGACCUUGCAUUUGCGCUCCAACUCCCUGCGGACGAUCCCCGUCCGCCUGUUCUGGGACUGCCGUAGCCUCGAGUUCCUGGAUCUGAGCACAAACCGCUUGCGAAGUUUGGCUCGCAAUGGAUUUGCAGGAUUAAUCAAGCUGAGGGAGCUUCACCUAGAGCACAACCAGCUGACAAAGAUUAAUUUUGCUCAUUUCCUCCGGCUGAGCAGCCUGCACAUGCUCUUCUUGCAGUGGAACAAAAUUAGCAACUUGACGUGUGGGAUGGAGUGGACCUGGGGCACCUUAGAAAAGCUAGAUUUGACUGGAAACGAGAUCAAAGCCAUCGACCUAACAGUUUUUGAAACUAUGCCUAACCUUAAGACCCUGCUCAUGGAUAACAACAAGCUGACCACCCUGGAUUCCAAGAUCCUCAGCUCGCUCCCGUCCCUCACCACCGUGGGCCUCUCGGGCAAUCUGUGGGAGUGCAGCCCCAAGAUCUGCGCCCUGGCCACCUGGUUGAGCGGCUUCCGCGGCCGCUGGGAGCACCCCAUCCUCUGCCACAGCCCCGACCACACCCAGGGAGAGGACAUCCUGGACGCGGUGCACGGCUUUCAGCUUUGCUGGAAUUUAUCGACUGUGGUUACGUCCGUGGCUCCGACCUCCGCGGUCCCCACCACCGAGUACACAAAAAGAAUAAGCUCCUCUAAUUUCCAUAUGGGAGACAAAGAAAUCCCAACCACGGCAGGCAUGGUCGUCACCACCGAAGAACCUUUCCCGGAGCCAAACAAUGCCAUCUUCACUCAAAGGGUAAUUACAGGGACAAUGGCUUUAUUGUUUUCUUUCUUUUUUAUCAUUUUUAUAGUGUUCAUCUCCAGGAAAUGCUGCCCUCCCACAUUAAGAAGAAUUAGGCAGUGCUCAAUGAUUCAAAACCACAGGCAACUCCGAUCCCAAACACGGCUACAUAUGGCAAAUAUGUCAGACCAAGGACCAUAUAAUGAAUACGAACCCACCCACGAAGGACCCUUCAUCAUCAUUAAUGGCUAUGGACAAUGCAAGUGUCAGCAGCUGCCAUACAAAGAAUGUGAAGUAUAA